AAUAAGUCACGACUCCUCAACUAAGAAUGAUGUAGAUUGGCGGGAAAGUCAAUUUUCAUAAUAAGUAUCUCUGGAUUGCAAAAAAAUCUGAGUAUAACAAUCAUUGAAUUGUUAAAUGGAUCGAAUAAUAAUGUUUACUAGUUACCAGGAUUGCCCAGGGUAAGAGCAACGGAUAUAGAAGUUCCUGGAUUGCGCAGUCGCAAGUUCCGCUGCAAAAUGCGCCACCGCGGCCGAAACCAGCGUGAAGACACAAAACGACAAGUAAGAGAAUCCGAAAAAUCGGUCACUGCGGCAAGGCCAUUCCGUACUGAUAGUAUUAUGUGCAACGAAAGGUCGAAAUGGACGGGUACGCUCAGAAGUCGAAUAUGGAAAACUAUAUGAAUCUUCAAACCAGUUGGAGCUCACAGCAACAGCAGCAGCCACAUCAAUCCCAACAACAGUUGCAACAGGCACCAGAUUGUUUGCCUUCGACAGUUCAGCAUUCGACUCAAAGCCCAAAUCAAGCUGUAGGACGAGAUUUUGCAAGAUAUCGCAAAAUGACCGAUCAGCACGAACAGCAGCAACAACAACAGCAAAUCAAAUGUGGAGAGGAACCACGUACCAACCUCAUCAUCAAUUACCUUCCACAAAGUAUGACCGACAAGGAGCUCUACAGCAUGUUUGUCACCAUUGGACCUGUCGAAUCAUGUCGGGUCAUGAAGGACUACAGGGUAUAUCUCAAAACUGGCUAUAGUUAUGGCUUUGGCUUUGUCAAUUAUGCAAAGGCAGAGGAUGCAGAGACUGCGAUAAAUACACUAAAUGGUCUUCAGGUUCAAAAUAAACGUUUAAAGGUAUCCUUUGCACGUCCUUCUGGAGAAGAAAUCAAGGAAACGAACCUCUACGUCACAAACCUACCGCGGAACAUAACGGAGAGCCAGAUAGACGAUAUUUUCAGCAAGUAUGGCAACAUCGUGCAAAAAAACAUUCUAAAAGACAAGUUGACUGGAUUGCCGAGAGGAGUGGCCUUCGUCAGGUUUGACAAGCGGGAAGAGGCUCAGGAAGCGAUCAAUCAUCUACACGGUACGAUACCUGACGGCGGAUCGGAACCGCUGAGUGUUAAGAUUGCCGAGGAACACGGCAAGCAAAAGGCUGCGUAUUACGCUGGCUGGCAGGCUGGUUACAAUCAGAGUCGCGGUGGUUGCGGCGGCGUCACUGGCAGCGGCGGAGGUGGCGGAGGACGAGGUCGUGGAAGCAGCUCGGCCAAUGCCACUACCGGAGUGGGAGGCGGUGGGAUGACAGUCGGUGGUCCAGGAAUGCUAGGUAGAGGUAACGGAGGCUUCGGACCCAGAGGCGGUGGACAUCACGGGAACUUCAUCGGCAGCGGCGGCGGUGGCGGCGGCGGCGGACCUGGCGCAAUGAGGAUGGAAAAGAUACAUCCGCAUCGCUUCAAUCCCAUCGGCAUGGGCGGUGGAUACGUGCAGUCUCACUUCUGGUGACGUUACAAGCACCCUGCACGGAACGCAGAGUCAUCCUCGUCGUCUACUACGUCGUCGUCGCCGCCGCCGCCGUCGUCCUUUCCUUCGACGCUCUUGUCGCUCUCAUCAUCGUCGUCGUCCUCGUCGUCGUCGCCGGCGUCGUUGUCGUAGUCAUUCUCCAGGUAUGGAAAGUCGUCCAGGACGCUUGGAGCUUGAAACAUCAGCUUGGCACAUCCGUAAAGGGGCUCUUGCGUUCCACCGUUCACCGAUAACGCUAGGCAAGCUCUAACGAAGAAGAAGAAGAAGAAGAAACAGGAAGAAGAGGGGGAAGAUCCAAACGAAGAGGAGAAGGAGAGGGAGGAAGGAAAAAGAGAAAAUAAUUAAAAAUAUAUAUAUGAAAUAUGCAUCAUAGCGGCAUAGAUUAACGUCAUUCGAUUUUUCUUUUCUCUCUGUCCGCCGUUAAGUUUAGAUUCUUUAGACUUACAGAAACUUUCCGUCUUCUUCCUCGUUGCGAAAUCAAAGAACAAAUACACGCGAUUCACGCGUAUCCACGCGGCUCGCUCUUGACUCGCGUUUUACCGCGACUCUCAGCAGUUCCUUCCGAUCGUCAAAUUUCGCUCGUCGCCUACGUCGGGUUCAUCCAGCGAACGAACUGUUGAAUCAUUGAGAUAACGCGCUCUCGAGAUAAGCCAAGCGUGGCUCGUGAAGAUGUUCUCGGAAUGAUAUGUCAUCGCGUGCAAAUUCUCUAACCGCGUUCGGUUGAGCCUUUGGAAAGGACGAGGCGUGGACGCCACUCGAGUUUGUUAAUGUUUUUAGCCAUUCUUGAUAUGUUUCAGAGAAGCAAGUUCUAUGUGUUGUAUAUUUCCUUUUAACUUUAAUGAUUUACCGGUUAUAUACAUUAAGGGAGCGUGAAGUUUUAGCGAUGCGAUACGAUACGAUACAAUUACGGUGUCAUUCAAUUUUUAAUGUGUUACGUCGCUUGAAAAGAAGCUAGAAAGAAUCGAGAGAACAGCACGACGCGCUGGGCGUAUGAAAAUAGUAAGGAAUACAUGUAUCUGUUGCAAUUUUUAAAUUGGAUCCCGUCGAUGAGGAUCUUUGAAUGAUAAAUAUUGUGACACUGUUCCUGGGAUCAUCCGUGAGGCAACAAAUAGGCGAAAAAUUAAAAAUAAUAAUGUUUUGUACGAAUCGCUGAGCAUAUGUAUAUAUACGCACGUAUGUUAGUGUAUCGUGACACCAUAUAGAAAACGAGACUGACUUUUUAUAGGAGAAAGAGAAGAAGAAAAAAAAAGGUAACGAAAGGGGGAGUAUUAUUUUACGAAGGAAUCCUCACUGCCGGCGUCAUUAACACUCUCUCCGCAAGUCACGUCGUGUCGCAGGCACCAUUAAGUCCUAGGUAGAGACCGUAUUCUUAAAUUCUCAUAACCAAUUCCUAUUUCACACGUUCACGAAGAAGACGCUCUGCGUAACACGCAAUAUAGAUAUAACGAAUGAAUGUACGUUAUCCCGAGAAAGAGAAAAAGAAUGAAAAGAAAUAUAUAUAUAUAUAUAUAUAUAUAUAUAUAUAUUUAUUUAUAAGAGAAAACAAGGGAAUCGAGUACCGUCCUUAAAAUUAAUUAUUUCUUUCAAUGAAAAUAAAAGAUUCUUUCGAAACCGAAAAUUAUAAGCAAAAUGCAAUUCGAGAUAUAGUCCUAUGGCGCUUCUAAUUAAUUAAAUGUCAGUCGAUUGUUGUUAAUUUUAAAAAUCUGUGAAAUCUAAUCCCUUUGUCAUUAUCUUGUUAAUGAGAAUGUCCUUAUUGAAUUGUACAUUAUCUCCGUUCCGCGAUAGAGAUUCGAUGACGCUGUUUUGAUGGCUGGGAGCUUAAAUACUGCACGUGCGAAUAGAUCAAACGUUGUCGAAUUGAAAUGGAAUCGCGUUAGGCAGUGAUUCGAGCUCGCACGAAAUGCAUCAUGUACCAAAAGUUUUAAAUAAAAUUCACCUCCAAAGUGCGAGGGAUUCUGUUAAUUAUUAAUUCUCUUUACACGCGUUAACAUUCGAUCAAGACUUUGAUGAUCGACCUCCAUUUCCAUUCGGGAUGAAAUCAUUGAUCAUUGGAUCCUAGGACGAUUCUCUGAUCCGUCCUGCAGGAUGUACCAGAUAAUGCGUGUAAGGAAAAUGAUAAGUUGAUGCGAUAAAUUAUUUGACCAAAAAAUCGUAUAAAAAUAACAAUUCAAUUUUUCACUCCAAACACUUCGCUUACCCAUGACCUACCAUCUGUUGCAUCCUGGAUAUUUUAUUUAAUUAAUUAAGUGAAUUACGAGAUGCAUAAGAGAGAGAGAGAGAGAAUGAGAAAGAGAGCGUCUACCCGGAGCCUGAUUUUUCAAUAAAUAGAAAAUGAUGGAGACUUCCGUGAGAUUUCGACGUCACGACGGUCCGUCAUUACGUGAUCCUUCGGCGUGAAUCCUGUAUCGCCGGUUUACGGUACCUGAUUAAAGUUACAUUUAUAUCUAGACGCA